AUGGCCUCAAAUCGAUCCAGCUCUCGUACCCCUUCUGGCAAAGGGAAGGGCCCAAAACCUAAUCACAAAGCAAAUUGGGACUGGGAGAACACACGUAUCUUCUUGGAACUUGUUCUUAAGGAACCAGACGCAGGUAACAGGCCGCACAUGUUAAUCACUCAGAAUGGGUACCAGUCUUUGUGUAAGACUUAUGAGGCAGCAACUGGAUUGAAACGUACGAUCAAACAACUUAAAAAUAGGUACAAUCAACUUAAGACGGAGUGGCGUGCAUGGUCGAAGCUGAAGGAUAGCCACAAAGGCCCCACUGGAAUUGGGUUCGACCAAGAGACUGGGUUGAUCAAUGCGUCGGAUGAAUGGUGGGCUAGAAUGGAGAAGGUUGAUAAAGAAUGUUGCAAGUUCAGAACAAAGCGGUUGGAUCAUGAGGAGUUGAUGCGUCGCGUAUUCACUGGGGUUGAGGCAACAGGUAAAAAUGCUUGGACGCUUGGUGAGACGCGGAACCAGUUGGAGGUGGAAGGGGAGUCCGACAGUGCUGACUUUUCUACGGACAACAACGAAUUGGGAGCGUCUAAAAUGGCUAACUUGAUAAAAUCCGUAACCAUUAACGUAUCAGGUAGUGGCAGCAAAAGGAGGCACUCAUCCGUCACAGCCAUGUAA